GGCCUCUUAAUUCAUAGAAAUAGCAUUCAUCAAAGGUACAUAACUAGAAAAAAACCACAAAUAACCAUCCGCCCGUGGCCGAGACUGAGAGCUAACCACCUGUAAAAAAAGCAGUAUAACUCGCUAGACCAAAUUUGGGCAAUUUAGAGCUAAUGACGGUUACCGCAAAUUCUUCCUCCCCCCACCUUAAUGCAAGAGUCUUAAAAUGAAGGAAAGCACAAACACUAAAGAAAACAAUGUGUCCAAAAUAAAUAAAACCAAAACAGAUAAAUAAAAAAACACCAGAACAAGUUUUCUUCUCCACUACCACCCAGAAAGUGCACGGCGGAUCUAAGAGAGCUGACCCGCCCCUUCUCCGUUUUUUUAUCCGUCCAAAGCCAUCUCCGCACCAUCCGCUCCCUCUUUGAUCUGGUCUUCCCAUAGACGUCUGCGUUUCAGAUCCCCAGGUGGAUCGUCCUUGUCCUCGCUCUCGUCCAAUGGAGUCUUUGUAGCCUGCGCCUCAGCCGUAUGUUCUCCCCCAAGAUCAGACUUCCGCUGACUUCCAUAUCCAUCUGAGCUAGAGGCUCCAACAGAUAACCAUUUAUUAGGUCAUGUAGGGCUGGUCUUCACCCUCCCGCCUGCUCUAAUUUCCACCCCAUAAAUUUUUUCAACUACAAAACCUUCUUCAUACUUCAAAGGACAAAACUUGUCAGAAUGACCAAUAAUACCACAGAUAAAGCAAUAACUGGGUAGUUUUUCAUAUUUAAAAUCAACCCAAUGUUUUACUCCAUUCUGCGUCAAAUUGGUCCCCCUUUUCAGAGGUAGACGAACAUCCAAUCUUACUCUUAUUCUUAGAUAUGAACUCUGCUUUCCAUCAAAGUGACUCAUCUCAAACUUAAUAAAAGAGCCUAUAAGAUUGCCAAUUUUCCUAGCAGACCUCAGAUUCCUAUAUUUAAAAGGGGCAUUAUGUACUUGUACCCAAAAACUGGCUUCAAACAGAUUCAAAGAUUUGGGUAUAUCAUCAGGCUGGACAGCUUUUAACAAAAUCAAAUCUCGCUCAAAUAGCCAAGGGCCUUCCUCAACCACCCGGUUCAUGUCCAAAACAUGAUUAAAAAGUAACAAAUACCUGCGUUUGCCGAUCUCCUUGAUAGUCAUACCUUUCACUGGCUUCCAGAUCGAGGUCAUCAACUCUUGAAAACCUGAUAGCUUGAUUUUACGAUCGGAAAUAACCACCCCUACCGCUGGGAAUCGCUUCGGUUCAUGCUCCUCCUCGGCAUCCAUCUAUGUUUCUUCAUCGAAAUUCAGUUCACUCUCAUGGUCCUUCAUUGAUAAUUUUCCGUACGAAGCAACAAAAUCCUCCAUGUCACAACCUUCACUCACCCUCGCCGGCCUACGUUUACACCGAAUCGGCUCUUCAACCUCACCGUCCCUCGUCCAUAGCUCCUAUCGUCUUCCUCGGUCUCAGCCGAACCAGAUUGCUCUCACUCAGCCUAUCUUCUUCAACUGCUCCUCUCGAUCCUCAGCCAAUCGGCCGAUAUCGGAAAUCAAACCUAGCGGCGGCCAACCCUAGGAAGACCGAAGAUUUAGAGAGCAGAGCUCUCGCUCCGGGUUUCUUUCAUUUUUUAAGUCUUUGAUUAAUCAUUUUCAAUCAUUUUGAAUGCGUUUGGGUAUUGACCGACACUUCCA